CGAAAAUUCUGCACACGUUACAUCCGGUUGAGUUGGUUCGCUGUAGCCGCAAUCAUGGCUGCGUUUUCUGAAAUGGGGGUUAUGCCUGAAAUUGCGCAGGCUGUGGAGGAGAUGGACUGGCUGCUCCCAACUGACAUCCAGGCUGAGUCUAUCCCUCUUAUCCUGGGUGGAGGAGAUGUUCUCAUGGCAGCUGAAACUGGCAGUGGCAAAACUGGUGCUUUCAGUAUCCCAGUGAUUCAGAUUGUUUACGAGACCCUGAAGGAUCAGCAGGAGGGCAAGAAAGGAAGAGCUUCUAUCAAGACUGGCGGAGCUAUUUUCAACAACUGGCAGAUGAACCCUUAUGACCGCAGUACAGCAUUUGCAAUCGGUCCUGAUGGAUUGUGCUGCCAGAGCAGAGAGUUCAAAGAGUGGCAUGGCUGUCGCUCCACAAAAGGUGUCACCAAAGGAAAGUACUACUAUGAAGUGACCUGCCAUGACCAGGGACUGUGUCGUAUUGGCUGGGCCACCAGUCAGGCAGCGCUGGAUUUAGGAACUGAUAAGUAUGGAUUUGGUUUUGGUGGAACUGGAAAGAAAUCCAACAACAAGCAGUUUGACAGCUAUGGAGAGGAGUUUACCAUGCAUGACACCAUUGGAUGCUAUCUGGAUCUAGAAAAAGGACAAAUUUCCUUCUCUAAAAAUGGUAAUGACUUGGGUUUGGCAUUUGAGAUUCCCCAACAUGUGAAGAAUCAAGCUUUCUUUGCCUCCUGUGUGCUCAAGAACGCAGAGCUCAAGUUCAACUUUGGAGGAGAAUCAUUUAAAAAUCCCCCUAAAAGUGGUUUUGUUGCUCUGGAUCAGGCACAAGAAGGACACACAGUCAAAUCCACUCAAACAGGCAGUGCCAAAGUGAGUCAGGUGAAGGCAUCAUCCAAUGCACCCAAAGCACUGAUCAUCGAACCAUCAAAAGAACUGGCUGAACAAACCCUCAACAACGUCAAGCAGUUUAAGAAAUAUGUGGAUAACCCCAAACUGAGGGAGCUGCUGGUGAUCGGUGGUGUGGCUGCCAAAGAGCAGCUGGCUGCUCUAGAGCAGGGGAUUGACAUUGUUGUGGGAACACCCGGCAGAUUGGACGAUCUCAUCUCUACUGGGAAACUGAGUCUCUCCCAAGUCCGCUUUCUAGUUCUGGAUGAGUGUGAUGGCCUUCUGUCUGCAGGUUACACUGACUUCAUCAACAGGAUCCAUAACCAAAUCCCUCAGGUCACCUCUGAUGGCAAGAGACUGCAAGUGAUUGUUUGUUCAGCCACACUGCAUUCAUUCGAUGUGAAGAAGCUGUCAGAGCGGAUCAUGCACUUUCCCACUUGGGUGGAUCUGAAGGGGGAGGAUUCUGUGCCUGAGACGGUCCACCAUGUGGUGGUGCCAGUUAACCCCAAGAGCGAUCGCCUUUGGGAGCGUUUAGGCAAGAGCCACAUACGAACUGAUGAAGUCCAUGCUAAAGACAACACCAGACCUGGAGCCAAUUCUUCUGAAAUGUGGUCAGAGGCCAUCAAGGUGCUGAAGGGCGAGUACACAGUCAGGGCCAUCAAGGAGCACAAGAUGGAUAUGGCCAUCAUUUUCUGUCGCACCAAGAUCGACUGUGACAACAUGGAGCAAUACUUCAUUCAGCAAGGAGGAGGUCCAGACAGUAAAGGCCACCAGUUUUCUUGUGUUUGUCUCCAUGGGGAUCGCAAGCCAAAUGAGCGGAAAAAUAAUCUGGAGCGCUUCAAGAGGAAAGAAGUGAGACUCCUGAUCUGUACAGAUGUAGCAGCCAGAGGAAUUGACAUCCACGGAGUUCCUUAUGUGAUUAACGUCACCCUGCCUGAUGAGAAACAGAACUAUGUCCAUCGUAUCGGCAGAGUUGGCAGAGCAGAGAGAAUGGGACUGGCCAUCUCCCUUGUUGCUAUGGAGAAAGAAAAGGUUUGGUAUCAUGUUUGCCCAAACCGAGGCAGAGGCUGCUACAACACCCGGCUGAAGGAGGAUGGAGGCUGCACCAUCUGGUACAACGAGAAAGAGCUCCUGUCUGACAUUGAAGAGCACCUGAAGUGCACCAUCACUCAGUGUGAGCCUGACAUCAAAGUACCUGUGGAUGAUUUUGAUGGAAAGGUCACCUAUGGUCAGCGUAGGACACUGGGAGGUGGGAACUACAAAGGUCAUGUGGAUGUUCUGGCCCCGACAGUCCAGGAGCUGGCAAACCUUGAGAGGGAGGCUCAAAGUUCCUUCCUUCACCUGGGAUACAUGCCAAAUCAGCUUUUCAGAGCUUUCUAAACCAACCCCAACUAGCACUACGCUUAAGGCUGCAGAUACAGAAUGCAGAAACUAAAACAUUUUCAAACCUUUAGCAUAAACACAAAAACAGAAGAAAAAAGUUAAAAAUCUAAGUCCUAUAGACAUGAAAUGGUAAGUUAAAGAUGGUAGUAUGGCAGUGUUUCAUUAGGUUUGAAAAAUUCUCAACAGUUGGCAUUUAGAUUUCUUUUAAGUCCUGUUAUUUCUUUAUGAAUUGAAGUUUACAAAUUGUGCUUAUGAAAAAGAGAUAGGGCACUCAGUGAUGAGCUUAAUAAGACUGUUGCUUUUUAUUUUAAGAACUUGAUCUGGAAGGCUUUCACCUUGAGGUGUUUUGUUUUCUUAUCAAUCUGAUUGAAUAUUUAAGUUUAACUAUGGAGGAAUUGGCUAAACGGCCAAUGUACAUUAGUGGUAUGGUGUUCUUUCUCCAAAAUAAACUGUGGUUGCCUCUA